AUGGCGUCGACCUGUUUUCUGGUACUGAUGUUUGUAUCCGUCAGUUUGUCGUCUGACGGCGGUGUAGCUACACUCUGUAGCUCACCUUUCUGCCUGCCACCCUGGCGUGCUUUCCAGGGGCACUGCUACCUGUGGGUGCACAAGCGAAUGUCCUGGAUGGAUGCUGAGCGCCACUGCCAGAUGCUAUCCCACCCGGGGAAGAUGGCCCACCUUGCGUCCAUCCACAGCAAAGAGGAGGAUGAAUUCAUCAAAGAUUACGCGAGGAGCGCCUCUGACCUCGCGGCAUGGAUUGGCUACAGUGACAUCGAACGGGAGGAUCAGUUCCAGUGGAGUGAUGGAUCUGAUGUCUCUUACAAGGGUUGGGAGCCAGGAGAGCCAAACUCCCCUGCCGGGACACACGAAAGCUGUGUCGAAUGCCACCACCUCCCAGCAUCUCACCAGGUAGCAGAAAUGCAGAAUGACUCCACCAUCUCAUACGUUUCACCACAGACCUCCAGACCAACUUCUCUCUCCUCCGGCCAUGGGCCAUCACCUCGACACCUCUUACAAGAGAACGUGGCACCGGCAGCCCGAAGACUACUCUUCACAUUGCUGCAAUAUGGACCCACUUCUUACACAUUGUACAUUGGAUAG